AUGCAGCUGCUGCAUAUGGCAGCCGACUUUGGGUCUCAUGACAUCACCAAGUUCCUGUUGGACCACAUGGUCGAGAGCACCGACGCCCAAGACAUUUGGGGGAGGACGCCGCUGCACUUUGCGGCCGCGGGAGGAGUCGUUUCGGUCGUCGGGUUACUAACGGACGCAUCCGCCAACAUCGACAUUCGAUGUCGCCCCGAGCUGCGGGCCUGGACACCGCUUCACAUGGCUGUGGCGCACAACCGGCGCCGAGUCAUACCGAUGCUUGCUGGCGACGGUAUGGACUGGGCAAUGUGGGAGGACUCGCUGGACAUGACACCCAUCGAAGUCGCGGCCGAUUACGGGCUAAAGGACAUGGUCGCGCUACUAUUGAUCAAGCAUCCGGAUAUUCUGGAUGCGGAAGACGGCAAAGGCAGGAGACCACUCUCGAAUGCUGCCGAGCGGGCAGGCGCCGAGACUGUCAAGUUCCUGCUCGCGCACGAAGCCGUGGACGUCAACGCGCGGGACGACGCCGGCCGCACCGCGCUCUCGUACGCCGCGGGGGGAGGCAAGCUGAGCAUCGCGAGGCUGCUGCUGGCGCAGGGCGGCAUCGAUGCGAAUGUGGCCGAUGAAGAAAGGCGCACGGCACUCAUGUACGCCGCUGAGCAAGGCUACAAGGAAAUCGCACGGCUGCUGCUCGAUCACCCUGGCGUUGACAUUGACGCCGAGGAUGACAAGGGACGGUCGGCAUUGGACUGGGCAAGAGUUAGUAGGAGAAGGGGGACGAUGGAUCUGAUACGACAAAAAAAGGCCAAGCAAGUUGGAUCCACGGAGGUCUUGGAGUCCAAGAUCCAGGGAGAACUCCGCCGAGGCACGGAGGAGGCGAAGACGUGCUAG